AUGCUGAUCAACCUGAGAUUGUCCAAGAAUCUCUGCUCUGAGCCAACACUGCAAGCAGUCCCCAGUGUGGAAGUAUUCAUUGGUGAACGCUUUAAGCUCGCCUGUUUGGCUGACCCCUUUCACGAUGAUCAUCUCCAGUUGUACGUAUUUUAUAAAAAUGGUGAAUUUCUCAAUUUCCCUUCAGACAAGAGCAGUUACACAACAAAGGAGGCAACACUGGGCCAUUCGGGAACUUACCAAUGUGAAGUCAAGCUUCGAGACAAUAAACUGAGGAAAAAGAGUAAUAAAGUUCCCAUUUCAAUCAAACGCAUUCCUGUGUCAGUUCCAGACCUGAGUAUCCACCCUGGGAACGAGGUAGUGGAGGGAGACAGCAACUCAUUAAACUGCUCUGUGACCAGAGGUUCGACUCCAAUUCAAUAUAUUUUCUGCAGAGAUGGCAAUGAGAUUUCCUGGGAGUAUUCCAACUACAGCAGAACCAUACACACCAUCAUCAACGUCAGCAAAAGAUAA